UUUGCCGCCGGCGCCGGGUGGGAGCGGGGGCUCCCCACGGCUUGGGGCCGCCGGCUGCGCUUCAGCUGGGACACCCGAAUCCUGGCCUCGGAGGUGCAGCCGGGUGACACGGGGCGAGCGAAAACAAGGCGGGCACCCAGAGCGCGGUGCGGUGCGCCGAGGGCGCGAGGGGACGCGCCGGGUAGAUGCUGGCAUGUCAGCAGCCGUGGAGGAGAUGAUCUUUGAGUCUCAACUGAGUCAUCACCAACCCGGUUCAAGAUGCCACCGGCCAUCGGAGGCCCUGUGGGAUACACUCCUCCUGAAGGAGGAUGGGGAUGGGCCGUGGUCAUCGGAGCCUUCAUCUCCAUUGGGUUUUCCUAUGCAUUCCCCAAAUCCAUCACCGUGUUCUUCAAAGAGAUUGAGGUCAUCUUCAACGCAUCCAGCAGCAAAGUCUCAUGGAUCUCCUCCAUCAUGCUGGCUGUUAUGUAUGCAGGAGGUCCCAUCAGCAGCAUCCUGGUGAACAAAUACGGCAGCCGGCCCAUCAUGAUCGCCGGCGGCUGCCUCUCCGGCUGCGGGCUCAUUGCAGCCUCUUUCUGCAACACGGUGGAGGGGCUCUACUUCUGCGUGGGGGUUGUAGGGGGCCUCGGACUCGCGUUUAAUUUGAACCCAGCCUUAACCAUGAUCGGCAAGUAUUUCUUCAAGAAGCGUCCCCUGGCUAACGGGCUGGCGAUGGCAGGCAGCCCUGUGUUCCUUUCCACCCUGGCACCCGUGAACCAGCUCUUCUUCGGCAUAUUUGGCUGGCGCGGCAGCUUCCUCAUCCUCGGGGGUCUCUUGCUGAACUGCUGCGUCGCUGGGUCCCUGAUGCGGCCCAUAGGCCCCAAGCCAGAUCAGCUGAAGAAAGAGGCUGCGAAGGAGGUGCUGCAGGAAGCCGGGAAGGCGGUGAAAAAGGACGACAGUGACACCAGCACAGACCUCAUCGGUGGGAAGACCAAGAAACAGAAGAGCACUUUUAUCCAGACGAUCAACAAGUUCUUGGACCUGUCUCUGUUCACGCACAGGGGCUUCCUGCUCUACCUGUCGGGCAAUGUGAUCAUGUUCUUCGGGCUGUUCACUCCCCUGGUCUUCCUCAGCAAUUAUGCGAAGAGCAAGAGUAUUGCGAAUGAGUCUGCAGCCUUCCUGCUCUCCAUCCUGGCCUUCGUGGACAUGGUGGCCAGACCUUCCAUGGGACUGGUGGCAAACACCAAGUGGAUCAGACCCAGAGUCCAGUACUUCUUUGCCAUCUCUGUGAUUUACAACGGGGUGUGCCACCUCUUGGCCCCCAUGUCCACCACCUAUGCCGGCUUCUGCAUUUACGCCGGCUUCUUUGGCUUUGCCUUCGGCUGGCUGAGCUCGGUCCUGUUUGAGACCCUGAUGGACCUGGUGGGAACGCAGCGGUUCUCCAGUGCCGUGGGCCUGGUGACCAUCGUGGAGUGCUGCCCCGUGCUUCUGGGACCCCCUUUGCUAGGGAAGCUCAACGACAUGUACGGUGACUACAAGUACACGUACUGGGCCUGUGGAGUCAUUCUCAUCAUCUCCGGGAUCUACCUCUUCAUCGGGAUGGGCAUCAACUACCGCCUGGUGGCAAAGGAGCAGAAGGCGGAGGAGAAGGCGAGGAACGAAGGGAAGGAGGAGGAGACCAACGUCGACGAGGCUGAGAAGCAGAAAGAGGCAAACAACGACGUGGCCCCCUCGCCCCAGAAGAGCGCGGAGGAUGGUGUCAAAGAGGAGGAGAGCCACAUGUGAGGGACCGGUCUCAAUCCCGGAGUGUCGGGGAAGCGCCGCUGCCCUGGCGCGGCGGCCGGGGCAGCGCUCCGCCGGCGCUGGGCGGCCGUGAGAAGUGUUUAAACCAGGUGUUCAUUUUUAACCAGGCUCUGAAUUGUCUUUCCAUCUGUGUUCAACAAAGGUAACAGGGCUACACACACAGUAUCCUCGUGUGUCGGGGGGCAGGGGGGCUUUUUAUAGUCUGGCUUUUUAACAGUAACGUGAAUGUACUAAUACGUGCCUUACAGUCUUCAUAUCUAGCUGAAUCUGGAUGAGCCUUAACUCUAAACCGUGCUUUAGCUCUGUAUUCUGCUGGGGGGGGGGGGUGGUACACGUGUUUUGGGGAGUUUUCUUGUUAAAAAGCCAUAAAAAGCAGGAUACUGGAUUUGUUGAAGCACGAUGGGCUUCAGGGCCGGCCCCGAUGAAUACUGCUUCACACGCUUCUUACCGCAGGCCCUCCGCAGAGGGGGGAUCCGGGCACGGGGCAGGCUGGUCUUCGGCUCCCAUGCCCAGCGCCUCCUGCUCCGUAGGUGGUUUUUAGGUAUGUUUUGAAAACACUUUAGUUACUGUAGUUGUUUAAAAUCCCUCUUUCGUAGUUGUGCUCUCACGGGAUAUUCAGGUUGAAGGACGGCUGCAGUUCACGUUGGGCAGCGUCGCCCGCUCCGGGGCCGGCCCCUGCAGCCCAGCCCUCCCUGGGGAGGGUUGGGGUCCCCCCAGCCCCCCCGCUCUGCCCUGCCAGUGCCUCUUCUCAGCCCAGCGCUGGGUGAUGUGAAACGGCUGGCGGUGCUGGGUCGGUCCCGGGGUCCCGCCGGAGCAUCCCCGUGCUGCUGCGGGCGUUGCGGGUGCCUGACCCUGGGCAGAGCCGGGGGGCUGGGUGGGGUGGGGGGAGAUGGUACAUCCCUGAGACAGGCCUUCUGCUUUCGCUCUUUCUUCUCUUAGAGAAACCUCUUUUACUUGCUUCUGUUCAACGGAGAUCUUAAGGCAGUGGAUGCCUAACCACUCACAUCUAGGACACGUAAGGGGGAGGAAAGAAUUUGUACGUAUUUAUUUUUUAUUUUUUAGUGCUGGAAAAUAUCUCAACGUACGUGGAGCAGGUUAAUGGCUCUCAAGUUCUAGUAAAUGUUGAUCAGAAAUAAUCUAAGAGGCUGAGUUUUUUUCAAAUAAACUUGUUUUUUUUACAAUUUA